GAAUCUUUCUGUCGCUUUCUUCUCCAGUUCAAAUCGUCCGCAACUUGAACCUCGUUGGCACUGCGGUCGCAUGGAACCCAUGUCGAUUUCUUGACACAAUCUCUUGCUGUUCGAUUGCGCUUUGUCUCGCUCAUAACAAAACCAGCCAGUCGUUUGGGGCAAACCGAGAGUUGAUCAUGCGCGACAACCAACAGUCGCCAGAGUAUCCGCGUGCAUAUCUUCGGAUGAUUUUCACGCAGGCCUGCGCCUGGAGACUGUACCUGCUCUUCAUCCGAGGCGUUCCAGCUGAUGAUCUGGAUUUCACACAGAAAGAUGAAAUUCCGACUGACCUUGCUCAAGGAUGGAACGGCUCGUGGCCUUCCCUAUCCUUGUAUUUUUAUCGGUGUCUGUCGGAGGUGCAUCUGGGAGGCUGACUGUAGAUUUCCAAAGCUUUGUUGCCAUAUCUGAGCCCGAGACGAUUCACAAUCAGAUGAAAGGUCGAUUCUGAGCUUGAUUCAACUGGCGGUUUUGUGGCGACUCUUGGAUUGUCUAGUGCUUUUUGCGAGAUCUUCGAGAAUGGCGAUCAAGCGCUUGAAGAGUUGUCGAGACUUGUCGCAGAUAGUCGGUGAUGCGCAAAUGGUCGAAAAAAAGAUCACACGGCGGUGCAUUGUGGCUUCUCAUCCUGUUAACAGAUAUCUUGGAUGUUAUUCCAAUUUUGGCUCCGAAACCGGCCGAUGACUUGCAGUGAUCAGAGAUGCUCAUCAAACGGGCUGGCGAGACGAGGAGGAAUCGAGCAUUUCCCAGCCGCAGCGCAAAGUCGCCAAUAUCACCAGCCAGCCAAGAUUUUUGGGUGCGCGCAGAUUUGUCUUCCAGUAUUGGGAGAGGUCCAGAACGCACGGAAUCGUGCGAGAUUUGGUCGGCCACGCCAGCAAGGGUCGGUUUUUGUGUUGCGGAUAACGAGACGGGGUCUGUUCCUCGGAGAGUAUGAAAAAGACUUCUGAUAACCAUGCCAGCAUGUUCUACUCUCUUUUUGGAGCGUGUUCCGCCUCGGGGUUUGUUGCACGGCAUGAGUCUGCGGCUGUCGAACCUUGACGCACACGGCGGUUUGGAGUUCCAGGGAUGAUAGAGAAGCGCAUGGAACUAAAUACUGUUAAAAUGGAGGGAUUCCGCACGCUUUUUCCAACCCACUCUCGUCGAAAUGCCCAGACAAUCGCACCGUCGCCCCGCUCCUCGUCCUACCAUUUUAUCCAUCUCGGCCGACAAUGUGACCAUGCAGCAUCACGUCAGGUUCAAUCCCACUCAGUAUCGCAGCCACGGACUGUCCUUCAGACGGUACAUGAGGAUCACGCAUCCCCAAAUGGGGCUCUGUCUCCUUGUCACCUGGGAAGAAGCCCAUCUUGGACGCGACAUCCUCAUUUCCCCUGAUUUCGUCUCUGUGAUCGAUCACUUUGCAGGAGGCAAUACUGUGGUUGCCUUGUUUCCUCACUAGAAUCGUACAAUAAACUGGACAUAAUCAAACGAUGCUUUCCGUUAUAUUCUCGUAGGAAUCGAUAUCGCCCAAGAUCUCCAACCCUUCCUCAGCGCCCGACUGCCGUGCUUUGCUGCGACUCCGACUUCGUUUGCGAACAGAGCUGCCGCGCCCUUCCGGUUCAACCGAUUGAGACUCCUUAGGAGCAACUGGUGGAGGCGUUGGAAUGCGGAACACAGGGACUGGACCCGAAAAGUCGCGUCCGGUAAUGCUGGUCAGGCUUUUGAUGUCUGCGGCAGUGAGUGUGAGGUAGUGGCCGUUGACCAAAUGUCCACAACUUACCGACGGGGAUUCUGCUCUCUAGACAGCGGUUGAUUCUCGCCGUGUCUUUCUUGUCCUCCGCCUUGAACUUGUUCUUGCACGCUGUUCGGCUACGACCAGGAAGCAUUAGGGAUAUGAGUUCGUAAUUCUCGCCGUGCUGAGACAGUGCCUGGGACAAGUCAGGUACAGCGGGAACCCCGAGAUAACCCUUCUCACAUCAAAAAAGAGCUCAGUUUCCUCGGUACUCCAGCGAGAGCCACGGCAUUUCUUCGUGUAAGAAGCUGAAUUGAUGAACUUGGUGGCGUCGGACUCAACGACGUGCUCGUAGUUCGACGUGUCCACAUCCUCUGCACGAUCAACCAUCAGCGAGUCCUCGUCGAUGAUCGUCUGGCCGUUGGGACCGAGCCUGAGUUGCACCGCGUAACGGUUGACCGCCAGACUCUGCGAAUAGUCGAACCCAUUGCCCGACUCGUCCUCGAUGACAGGUGCCGCAUCAUCAACUUCAGCGUCGUUCCCGUCGUUGUUCGAUCCAACGAUGACUUCGGUAGGCUCGGUUGAGGGCAUAUCCGUCGCAGAAACAGCGGGAUUAGCGACGUCUUCAUCCUCCUCCUCGGGUCUUCCAUACUUCUUGCGCUCGGCCAGGGCGCGCAUUUGCGCCCGCUUGUCCUUGCUUUGUUGCUUCCACGCCAGAUGGUUCUUCUGAAUCUCCAUCGCUUUGCUGCUGAUACGACCUUGGCCGGUAUCGUCGCAUAGGUCAGCCAUGGUGAUUAAAGUCGGAUCGAUCUCGUCUCCCGGACCAGCCUCGGGGUCAAAGACAGGUGUCGUCUUCUUCCGUGACCUCUUACGCACUGGCGUAUCGCUGCCGGCGUUCUCCUCCUCGUUUCCGUCCGCAGUCUCCACAUUCUUCUUGCGAGAUUUUCGUUUCGCCUUGGGCCUUUCUCGAUCGCCAUCUUCAGGGAGUUUUUUCCUGCGUUUUUUCGGCUUUGGCGCUUCAUCGCCAUCAUCCGCUGUAUCCACAUUCGCCACAGCGCGUCUCCGCUUCCGUAGCUUUGAUUUCACCGGACUGGUAAGCUCGUCCUGCGCUGCCGCCGCCUCCGGAGGGUCCACACUCGAAGUUUCAGGCUGUAGUUGGGAAGUCUCAGCCUCGCUCGCAGCGGGAGUCGGAUUGACGAGGGUCGGGGUGAGUGGAAGCAUCUCAGUCGAUGCCGGAGUGGUGGAAAUAGCCGCACUGUAUCUCCCAAUGGUCUGGGGAGCUGGCGCUGCACGGCCAAUCGGGGGAGGAACGGGUGCUCCCCGACCUAUCGCUGGAGGUACAGGGGUGCUUCGGAUGACAGUUGGGGGUGCCACAGUGGCACGAAUAGCGGGGGGAGCGGCUGAAGAGGUAGAGACUAUGGAAGGAGGCACGCUUGCCCGAGAACUCGACGGUGCCGCGAUAGGGACGGCCACGGACGUUGUCGCAGGUGGUGGGAGGUCUGGUGAGGUCUGAUCGCCGGAGGGAUUAGUGGAAGACGGUAACGGCGGAGGGGGCAUCGACAAAGCUUCCGAGGAUAGAUCGGAAGGGCGACCAUUCAGAGAUGCAUCUGGUGUCGACAAAGAAUUCUCUGCAGCUGCGCGCUUGGGUAUGGCGCUCCCGGCCCGAGACCGGGCAUUGACGACUGGCCUGAAGACAGGACCUCCCUUUUCUAUUCAUAUCUGAGAGCCGGUACAGCAUGGAUCCUGAGACUACUCACGGACGCGUGAAGUCAUCGGCCGAAGAGAGAAGCAGGAGCAGUCAACAGACCAAAAUGCAAUUGACAGCCAGAGCACAGCCAUCGCUAUCUCACAUAAAGCCGCUUACUGCUUACCGGUACUUUACCCCGCACUGAACGAUAAUGAGUUCCCUCGGCCAUAUUCUUCGGAGACGGUCGUACUCUACGAGCACACUACCACUGUCCGGUGUUCGUGUCCUCGAGCUAGGGCAGCUCAUCGCCGGCCCAUUUGCUGGCCAACUUCUCGGUCAGUUUGGGGCAGAAGUAAUCAAGAUAGAGCCUCCUGUAAAGGGAGAUCCGCUUAGAGUCUGGCGUGAACUAGAUGUGGACGGCGUCAGUCCUUGGUUUCGUUCUAUUGGGAGGAACAAGAAGAGUGUCGCCAUAGAUCUUCACAGCACGCAGGGAAGAGACCUCGUUCGGGACCUUGCACUACAGUCUGAUGUGCUCAUUGAAAACUUCAAGCCGGGCACCCUCGAGAAGUGGGGUCUAGAUCCAGCGUCUUUGCACCCACAUAACCCAGAUCUCAUAUACACUCGCGUCAGUGGCUACGGUCAAACUGGUCCUUGGGCAUCGAGACCUGGAUACGCGUCUGUCUGCGAGGCCGAGUCAGGAUUUCGCUACAUCAAUGGCUUUGUGGACGUGGAGACUGGGGGCCUGAGUGGCCCACCGGUAAGACCGAACAUCAGCCUCGGCGAUUCCGUGGCGGGUCUUCAUGCUGCGUUUGGGACGGUUCUUGCUCUUCUGCAAAGGCAGAAGAAAAGGGAUGUGGGUGAGAAGGGUGGGAUGACUGUAGACGUGAGCAUUCUUGAAAGCAUGCUCAAUCUCAUGGAAGGCAUCGUACCGGAGUAUGAUCGGAAGAACAAAGUUCGAGGUCCCUCUGGCUCCUCCGUCACUGGAAUUGUCCCAACCAAUGCCUAUCCGUGUCUCCCUGACCCUGCUGCCCCAAUGACUCCCGUUUACAUCGUGAUCGGGGCCAAUGGAGAUUCCAUCUACGCUCGUUUGAUGAAGGUCAUUGGCGCACCGCACCUCAUCGGGCCCGACUACGCUCAAAACCAUCAUCGUGUUUCCCGGAAAGAGGAGAUCGAGACAGCCAUAUCGGCCUGGACAAGUAAUCUGAGUGCUGAGGAAGUUGAGAAGAAGCUCGCAGCGGAAAAGAUUCCUGUCGGCCGUGUUCUCAGUGUUCGCGAGAUCGUUAGCAGCGAGCAGGUCGUUUCGAGAGGAGCAAUUCAGGAUGUGAAAGUCGACUCCGGAGGAUGGGAUGUCAAGAUGCCGGGUACUUUUCCCGUGCUGGAAGGAUGUGAUUCUGCACCAAGAUGGGCAGGACCUGACCUCGGGGCUCACACUAGCGAAGUGCUCGCGACAUACUUGGAUCUCACUCCCCAACAGAUCCAGAAACUUAGAAACGACGGUGUUUCCCCUGCUGCUAUGUUUGUUGAGUUGCCUGUACAAGAUCGACCUAUUCGAGAGGAAGAGGAGGGACAGGAACUUGCCACCGUAUACGACAGUGGUAUCCUCCGAGACUCGUUGCGUCAAUCGCGACAACGUUGGAUAUACCACAUCUUCCCCAGAUUUCAAGGUAAAGAUCGUGGACCCGAGCCUCACACGAGGAUCUUUCGGGGCAGAUGCACAAUGGAAAUUGGACCGCAUUCAUUCCUUGAGACGAGCUUCUCCGAAGUUCAAUACUCGUGGCAAUCUGCACCUCCGACGCAUCCUUACCAUCCAUACUACGGAGCGCAUAAUCCUCUUCCGGCACCUGCUCACCCUCCUUCGAACGUCAUGCCUCCUUCUCUAUUUGACCGUGUUCACGCAGCGGCUGUCUCCAACCCUCUUCUUGCCAAUCAGCUGGCGCUGGCUGCCAAUGGCAGAGCGACCGAAGCACAAAUGCAAACGCUCGGCCUGCUCAUCCAGUCGAUUGCCGAUUCUCCCCAUGUCGCCCCGUAUUCCGCGUCGCCGGCAGCCCCUCAGACAUAUGGCUACCCACCCCCUCAGCCGCCCGUCCCGGUCCCGACUAAGGAGUUCGAUAUCAUCUUCAACUUCAAAGAAUCGCUGCACGACAAGUCCCUGCUUCCCAGAAAGCUCGCCACCUGCGAUAAAGUGGAGGGCCCUCAUUUGGGUGUUAAUGAGGUCUGUGAUGUGCUGUUGCGGAUAUUGCUCGAUCCACCUACGAAGGUGUCGACCGAACCCGGAACGGAGAGACCCACACCUCAGGUCGUCACGAUAUGGCUUAGACAACCGCAUGAAGGGAUCUGGGACAUGCUCAGGCUAUGGAUCGGGGGUGAGGAGAAGAUCCGAGAAAAUGCGAUAGCUUUGGAUGAGCUGGAGAAAAAGACGAAAAGAGUGUAUCUGAAGAACCGGAGUUCUGAUACAGCUCUCAUCGCUCAAUUGCGAACAGCCGGGAGUAAUCCUGCUCAUGCGAUGAAGCUUAUCAAGCCCACAAAAUGGGCUGCCAGAGCCAAGCGAAAACUUCAGCCUCGUCCUCAGCCCCCGGUCCCCGUCAUAGCCAACGAAGCACCGGCGCCUUCGGUUUUGUCCUUCAACAUCCCACCCACAGCUCCUGCAUCCACAGUACCUCAACGACGACCUUCGGAAACACCGCUCCCUGAAGCCAAAAGGUCCCAUCUAUCAAAGCCGGGUAGCUCGCAACCACCAGUCACGAUCCGCUGUCUAUCCUGCCUUCAAACCGACGUUCCACUGAUCUUGGGCGGUCGUUUCUGUCGACCGUGCGUCGACAGCGGGCGGGCAGUCAACGUCUAUGGAUCAGAGCCCGCCAGUUAUCAACAACAACAAGCAGUGUCUGUUACCAUGCCCGAGCCUCCUGGCUCAUAGUAUUAUCUGAUACUGUAAAUGCUCUAGUGUACAAUUAUUGUGAUAUUCCGAUGUGUAGAUAAUGCUCAUGUGAAGAUAUUAAUGGACCAACCGAGCCACCAAA